GACAACUAACGAUUAUAGUCAGUCAACGUCGUGGCCCAGUGCGUGUGAAUUUUAGAGCGCCGAGCCACUUAGCCCUUUGUGUCAAAAUAGAAAUCGGAAAUUAAAAAUCUGAAAUUGCCGUUCAACAAAAUAGUGAGUAAUGUGCAGUUUACUUCGUAUAUUUAAAGCGGAAAACAGUACGAAGUAUACAGUGUAAAGUGUACGAAAUCUGAAAAAUUACUACGUCUCGGAAAGUUUCAAAAAUUUGAAUUACACUGUGAAUUAUCUAUAAAAAUGGCUGCGUUGACUCUGGUGUUAAGCGAACAAGGACUAGAUCCAAAUCAGUUCGUUAAUUUGCGAGGGCAUCUGUCUAGCUUAAGCGACGAUUAUCGCGGAGAGUUAGGGACUGCGAGUAUACCUAAUUCACUAACAGAUAGUGACCGCUCGAGUGGUAGUUCUAGUGACCCAAGAAAAGAAUCCGAUUCCAACAGUGCUUACAGCAGUGGCAUUAAUAGUUUAACAUCGGGCACCGGAGAAAUUUCCGAAUCCGAUGAAGUAUUUUCGAACACAGUAAAUCCCGUAUUAGAAAAGUUUCCCGGUGGAAAUGAGCUACAAGAAGAAAAGACGAAUGAGCGAUGGUUGGAAUCGGCAGAAGAGCCUCUCCAGCAGACAAUGACUGAGUCUACAGAGCAACCAAUCCUGGUAUCUAUUGAGCAGCCAACGCACGAGCUUAUCACAUCCGUAAAAGUCGGAAAAAAGAGAAAAAACAAGAUACAUUAUUUGGGCCGUGACUUAUUGAAGCUGGAUAAAAAUACACAACCACAUACAUGGCAAUUAACAUCGCCUCUCUAUGGUUUCUUCAGUCCUCAUAUAUUUGGCAAUUACGGAUGCUAUUUCCGAUUUGAAAACGGUUCAUCUAUAGAGGAAUAUCCUAUGCAAAAAUGUAACGAUUGUGAUUUUUAUUCACCAACACCCUAUAGUUGAAAAUAAAUGAUACUUAGCGCCUAAAUGACCACGUCUGACUUGGAUCAGCAGAAACUGACAAAAGGUGGCAGCCGGAUAAUCGAGAGUAUAAUGAUAAUCUUCGGUUGACAUGGUAACGCAAUAUGAAGAGGGAAUUUACUAAUAAUCAACUAAAUCAAUCAAGUUAUUUUGGAGAUGACUUGAAAUUGGCUAAACAAUUAUCUCUUGAACCGGUAAAGGGCUGCGUGAAUCAUAUAAAAAAUUGAAGUGUAAGCUUCAAUGUAGAAAACUGCAAUGUUUUCGUUUAGAGUAGGACGAAAAAAUUUUAUCACAAUUUUAUCUAGUUCUAAAUGAUUUUCAUUUAAAAUCAUUGAACUGCUAUUUUAGAUAUUAAAUAUACAUAAACGUGUAUUUAGCCGAUUAUAAUAAUACAAAUUUAGUAUUUGCUUCGGUAAGGUAGAUGUAACAGAAACUUUAAAGUACACGUAUAUUUUUUAGGAUUUUAAAAUUUUAUAAUACAAAUUUAGUAUUUGCUUCGGUAAGGUAGAUGUAACAGAAACUUUAAAGUACACGUAUAUUUUUUAGGAUUUUAAAAUUUUAAUCGAGUCAGAUUCCAAGUUCUUUUUAUUCCUCCUAUUAGUUAACAAUUUAGUCAGUGAACGAAUAUCUUAAAAAACUGAACGUUCUUUAAAAUAUUUGAAAAGGAUAGCUUCACUUGAAUUGUUACAUCUAUCACUGACUAAUACAUGUAUGUCAACUACAUUCUGACAUAAAAACUAUACACGUAUAAUGGACGAAGAUGCAAAAUUUGAAUAAAUUUCUUAGAUAGGAAUAUAAUCAAAGUAAUUAAAAAAGUAUACUUUAAGAUAAUAUGAAAAUGUUAUAUCGUGUCUAAAACUCUUAAAUCCUGCAUAUAAAGAAAAUAUCAACUAAAAUGAAAUUUAUAUCAUUGAAAACAGCUAAAGUAACUUUUUAAUAAUUUUUACUAUACUUGAAAAAUUACACUACUUUUUAAAUUCUGUCAGAAAAUUUUCUUCACAAAUUGCAUUGUACAUCCACAAAAAAUGUAUUUCCAGUGUUUUAUACACGAAAUUUUCAAAAAAUUAAAUUGCUAAUGACAAUUGCAGACCACCAGCAUGAACUUUAAACACUUACAAUUGUGUGAAAUACCUUUAAUUAUAAGUAAAAGAAAAACUUCCAAAUUGAUUUUCCAACAACUUUAAGACAUUUAUUUGAUAAAAAAACAUUGUCU